AUGAUGCACAAAAUGAUGGGCAUGGCUCUACUUGUUGUACUACCAACGUUUUGCCUAGGAUUCCUCGCUGAUGAUAUCUUCGAUCAGGCCCCCAAAACAGUUGACAAAGUAGACAUUGAAAAAUAUUUGGGAAGAUGGUACCAAACGUACAACAACAAGAACAUACAGGCCCGAUUUGCGAAAGAUGCCUUCUGUACCCACGCUGACUAUACGCUCGUGAAUGCUACCACGAUUACUGUGCGUAAUUCUAACCGUCAGAGGUCACCUACUGGACCCCUUGGUCAGAUUGAGGGUUUUGGCUACAAGUCUGAAAGCGAGGGAAAACUUUGGGUCAAGCUUGACAAUGGAAGAGUAAAUCCAUCACCAUUAUGGAUCUUAAAGCUUGGACCUGUCAUAAAUGGCCAGUACCAAUACUCUAUUUGCUCCGACCCACUCCGUUUUGCGCUGUUUGUCCUCACAAGAAACCCCAGCGAAUUCUACGAGAAAUACAAUGAUGAAGUUUUGGAGUUCUUGAAAGAGGAGGAAUUUACAAAUGAGGGAAACAAGCCACAGAGAACGUACCAGGGGGACGAUUGUCUCUAUGUCGAACCACAAGUGUAAAUGCGGAUAACUAGGGCUAACCUUUGUCAUAUUUAUUUAUUUAUUCACUAUUUUGUACUUCAGUAUAUGAUUUGUAAUAAGCUUCCACUGAUCUAAAUCCAUAUGGGACUAUGUUUUUUCAUCGGUUCGCCACUCAGACAUUGGUGAGAGAUGAUGGACAAACAGGUACGGUACAUGUACGUUACUGUGCUGCAAAUGACAAUUUGCCUCGUUUGAUUGAUCUGAAAGACUUGAUAUACAGUAAUGACCAAAAGCUUUCAUGGGAGAUGCUUCGAAAUAGUAUAAUAUACAGAAGUAAAAUCUAUAUCGGUAUCUACUUCAAUCUUAUACUUUUUCCAUACGUGAAAAUAAAGUCUGUUUAAAUGGGCCUUUUAAAAUCCGAAAAGCGCAUGGCAUUCUAAUAUAAGCCAGGAUAAUAAGGUUACAUCCUUGGUCGGGUAUUUCACUUCUUUCCAAUUGAAUUGAGUAAUAAAUAAAUUAAGUCCUUUGAAUGAAGGAUGAUAAGGUUACUAAAACGACUAUAUUUGGCUCAUA